GUGUGUGUGUGUGUGUGAGAGAGAGAGAGAGAGAGAGAGAGAGAGAGGAACGAGCUCAGCUAGCUGACAGCUGUGCGAGGCGGCAGAGCUAACCUGCUAGCUACCUAUCCCCGAACAAAGGAGACAGUAGCCCUGCCGCCGAGCAGUAAGAUGUCAGAAGGAAUCACUGAAGGUUGUUCAUCGGUCAGUGUCUCAUUGCCACUUUCUACCCUGUCCUGGUCUCUUUUGCUCUUUGUGAGUGUGCUGUCUACUACACAAGCAUCAAGCUGCGUGAGGCCGUUCUCCAUCCAGCAUGGUCAAGUAAACGUGACCGAGACAAACAGAGGCUCGUUCCCUGUGGGCACAGUGCUGCAGUACAGCUGCGAUUCAAGCUACACUGUGGACGGACCCAGCAUCGUCGUCUGCACCAGAGAGGGGCUCUGGUCCUCAGGUCCACCACGCUGUCUCCACAAUAACUAUUGUGUCCCCCCAUUAGAUCCAGAGAACGGGGGUUAUACCUGCCACCCAUCUCCAUGCCAUCAUCUGACUCAUGGCACAGUGGUGGAGUAUUUCUGUGACAAGGGCUACACGCUGAAGGGGGAUUACAAAUACCUCACCUGCCAAAAGGGAGAAUGGAACGGCCCUAUGGAGAUCAACUGUGUGCUCAGCCAAGGCUGCGUGAGGCCGUUCUCCAUCCAACAUGGACAGGUAAACGUGACGGAGACAAACAGAGGCUCGUUUCCUGUGGGCACAGUGCUGCAGUACAGCUGCGAUUUAGGCUACACUGUGGACGGACCCAGCAUCGUUGUCUGCACCAGAGAGGGGCUCUGGUCCUCAGGUCCACCACGCUGUCUUCACAAUAACUUGUGCAGUCCUCCAUUUGUACCAAAGAACGGGGGUUACACCUGCCAUCCAGCAUCAUGUCAUCGUCUCACUGAUGGCACAGUGGUGGAGUAUUUCUGCGACGAAGGCUACACGCUGAAGGGAGAUUAUAAAUAUGUUACCUGCCAGAACGGAGAAUGGAACAGUCCCAUGCAGAUCAGCUGUGUGUUCAGUCAAGAAAAGCAUGCAGCUCCUGCGCUGGGAAUGAACACGCUGUCCAUUGUGGCCACCACAGCCAGCUCUGUAGCACUUGUCCUUCUCCUGAUGGUGGUGUUUGUUUUACUGCAACCCAAACUGAAGGCAUUUCAUCAUGGACGGCGUGAUCAGGGAGACUCCGGGCAGACGGUCACCAUCAUGGUGGAGGGUGUGCAGGUUACCUUACCAUCCUACGAGGAGGCUGUGUCUGGAGCCGGAGGUGCAGUUUUGCCUCGGCUGCUACCACAAACACAGCUAGAAUCUAUGGAGCAUGCGCUAACCCAGACCUCAACAACAAAUGCUCAGCACACAGAGGUCUCAGUGAUACAUCAACCAUCUUCUUUAUCUUCCUUUUCCUCCUCCUGGAGCUUGGACGGUGCCCAGGGAGCGACAGCAGCGUCCUCAGCCUUUCAGUGCCAGAAUCCAGACGCGAGUCAGCAAAACAGUUUACCGUCUCUAAACGGCUCAGAGCAGAACCUCGCUGACGACAUUCCCUUAUUAAAGGAAUCCUGAGAGUUUCUGUCACAGCCUCUGUUGUUGAGGCCACAAAGACUGCAGCCGCACACGCCUGACUGCCAUGAUCAGACUUUGAGCUGCAUCUCUGCAACACACAGCCCUUCUCAGGUGAUUCUGAACUAGACCGACCUGAUGCCCUGCGUGAGACACCAGUUCUGUCCAGUCAAGAACUUGCAAAUUAUUUACACGUCUUUUACACACACACACACACACACACACACACACACACACACACACACACACACACACACACACGCUUAAAUCCUUCACAGCUUUUUGAUUCCUCUGUGUCCUUGGACAUGUAGCAAAGACUCAACACUGUACAAAGGGUUCAUGUUUAUCAAGGCCUUUUAUAGGAUUUAAAUCUUAUUUUGGCAGUUGAUUUGAAAUAAAGAGAUACCCCAACACACACUCGGACGCACACACAUCACCUACACGGCAAUGUUAUAAAAACACCAGUGGCACCACCGGACAUGUGAUUAAUACAUGCUGGUGGUUGGUGUUUUUUUUUUUUUAUUAAUUUUUUAUUAUUAUUAUAAAAGACUGGUCAGUUUAAAGUGUCAUCACACUCAUUACUGUUUAGUGGGAUCUUUGGGAAAGAAAAUAUCGUGUACACCCCGCUACACAAUAACAAGGGCUAUUUCUACCCUUAUUGUGAGCUGGAUUUAUCCUCUGGUUCUUUGUCACUGCCAAACAUUUUUAAAAAGCUCUUAUCUGAUUAGCAUGCAUUAUUUAAAACAAAGACUUAGAAUAUUAAGUAAUAAGGCAUGUGACUUGGUGUUUUAAGAAGUUUUAGAUUAGGACCGAGGUGGUUGGAGACAUGUGGAAUUUUACAAAGCAUGGAUUUGCUCUGAAGAAUACAAACACAUUGUUGAGCCUUCAGUAGCACACGGAUUCAUCUAUAAGUUAGCUCUAAUGCUGUCAGGCUCCAUUUCUGUAGGGAUCACCUGAAUGUUGCAUUUUCUCAUUUUCAGCAUCUUAAAGCUCGAGCAAAUGUACUUGCUUUGACUGUAUCACAAGCUUUUUCACAUGUGUUUCUAUUUUAUAACGUGCAUUGAUUUGCAUUAGUAAAUUUGUUUUUAAAUGACUUUGAACAUGACGUGCUAUGGAGUAGCAUUGUAAAAUCGUUUGAAUUAUAUGAUCCUAACUCUCCUUGCUUUAAUUAAUAUAAUCUUGAUAUCAAUGCAGGAGCAAACUUUGGAUAAUUUAAUGUAAAUUGAUUUAUUUAAUACCAAACAAGUGAAGUCCUGUACUGUAUGACAUCUGUUUUUCAUUUUUGGAACAGAAUUAAGUUCCUUGCCAGGCAUAGGAUUUAAAAAUAAAUAAAUAAUUUAAUUUAUCUCUGUAUUGUAAAUAAUUGUUUCUGAUUAAAUAUUGUUUCACCUA